GUGUCGUUUUUGUACAUGCUUCCUGAUCUUCUUUCUUCUUGGUGCGCCUGUGUUGGAAGUUGCAACACAAACUCGCAAAAGCUUGGCGCAUCUUUCCACUGCUAUGGCAGGUGUCAAGUGAAUUUGCUUAAUUCCAUAGAAUGUUUUCAUAUGGAUCAGUGGAUUGAGGCAGUGCCACAAUAUGAGCAUAUUCAACAAAACGAUUUUUCAUAUCGAAAACAUAGAAAGCAAAAGGAAGAGGACAUUGCCAUCUGCGAAUGCAAAUUUGAUGCCAGUGAUCCUGAGAGUGCAUGUGGGGAAGGAUGCCUGAAUGUUCUAACUAGCACAGAGUGCAGCCCUGGUUAUUGCCCUUCUGGUGUUUUUUGCAAGAAUCAGAAAUUUCAGAAAUGUGACUAUGCUAAAACAAAGUUAUUUAAAACUGAAGGCCGAGGGUGGGGCCUUCUUGCUGAUGAGGACAUAAAGGCUGGACGGUUUAUUAUAGAGUACUGUGGAGAAGUAAUAUCAUGGAAAGAAGCAAAGAGAAGAUCUCAAGCCUAUGAAAAGCAAGGUCUAAAAGAUGCAUUUAUCAUUUCACUCAACUCCUCUGAGUCCAUUGAUGCCACUAAAAAGGGCAGCUUAGCUAGAUUUAUUAAUCAUUCUUGCCAACCUAAUUGUGAGACAAGAAAGUGGAAUGUUUUCGGGGAAAUAAGAGUUGGAAUAUUUGCAAAGCAGGAUAUUUCGAUUGGAACUGAACUGGCAUAUGAUUAUAAUUUUGAAUGGUAUGGUGGUGCUAAGGUUCGCUGCCUCUGCGGUGCAACCAGCUGUUCUGGGUUUCUAGGGGCAAAAUCUCGUGGUUUCCAGGAGGAUACUUAUCUGUGGGAAGAUGAUGAUGAGAGGUAUUCUGUUGAAAAAAUUCCACUAUAUGAUUCUGCAGAAGAUGAGCCUUCCACCAAGCUCCUAAAAAUUACAAACUCCAAUUCUGAGUAUGAUAGCGGCAUGAAUAUUGAGUACUCUGUAAUGACAAAUUUUAAUGUGGGAUCUGAACACCAUGUGGAGUCUGCUGCUCUUAUGUUAAACCCACAGGAUUCUGUUUCAACUGAAGGUGCAAUUAUGAAUCCAGUAAAACUAGAAGCCAGUGAGGAGAUAAAUUUGUACUCCCAAGAUGCUCAACAGGCCUUUGCACAAAAGAAUACAAUGAUACCUUUCAUCGGAAGUAAAAGUACAUGUGGGAAUUAUCACACGGGGCGAGGCCCUAUGCCAAAGAAACGUUCAAAGCAUUAUUCUAAUGGAAAGUUGAAACAAAUGCCACAAAAGCAAGUUGAUGCAAAACAUGUUGCUAAACUCUUAGAGAAAGAGGCACAAGAAGAAGUGCUCAUUUAUGAGGAAGUGAGGAAUGAUGCAGCCUCCCAGCUUUCUUCCUUAUACAAUGAAAUAAGACCUGCAAUUGAGGAACAUGAGAGGGAUAAUCAGGAUAGUGUAGCUACCAGUGUAGCAGAGAAGUGGAUUGAAGUAUGCUGCCUAAAAUUAAAGGCAGAAUUUGAUCUUUAUUCCUCCAUUAUAAAAAAUGUUGUCUGUGCACCUCGACGGGCUAUUGAACAAGCCCAACCUUCUGAGGUAGGAGAUCAUGAUAACGAUGUGAAGUACCUGAGAUUUUGAACGAGCUGAGAUUCAAUUCCUUAAAUCCAUAUAAACAUUGAUUGGUUGAAGACAGACGAUUCUUUUCCUCUCAGCAGGUUCUUGCUCUCCAAAAACUCUUGAUGCACCGACAUUCAAAUUUUUGUCAACCUUGUUUGUAUUUGUUUGUGCUAAAAUACUUGAGAUUUUCAUCAAUUCAGCUAAUCUACGGAAGAACAAGGGUGCAGCAAAAUUCGAGAGUAUUUUUCCCACCGAAGAAAGACAAAGACGUCCUAUUUACUUCCGCUUUCAUUUCCAUUUUCCAGUUUUUAUUGUCUUUCAGACCAGGACACUCAUUUAUUUUUAUUUCUACUCACAAUUUAGGUUGUAUUUAAUAGACAGUCAACAAAAGUCAUAGUCUUCAAGCUCAAUGGAUGUAAUAUUGAUGGGGGAAAACGUUGUGAAAUGACAUUUGUUGUUUUAGAUUUACUACUUCCACCUUCUGGAUUUUAUUUGUUAUCAUGAUAGGGAUAAUGAUUUACUUGACUGUUUGUUAUUCAAACAUUUGACA